CGCUUUACAUGGGAUCUCCCAGCCCACCUACAUCUCAUCCCGCCUCCAUUCAUUCGGAGCCCUACAGUAUCUUCAAAUUCUUAUUACCAUGCUUCUCAAAUCACAAUUUGCGCUUGUCGAGCGCCAUGUUUUGAGAGCGAAGCCCACCGUGACAUGCCCUCGCCGGGCGUCACGCCUAAGGUUCUCAACAUCACACAACUUACGAGCCGAAAAUCAAGUUUAUGCCUCAGUCCGCAACUUGGACCAGUUCCACACCUACACGCUCCUCUCGUCGUCGUCACGGACGCCGCUGCUGACCCUCUGGACGACCUCGUGGUGCUCCACCUGCCGCGUCGUAGCACCCCUUAUCCAAGAGCUCGUUGAGUCCGGCGUAGGAGAGGCCGAGGGCGGCGUGGGAUACUGCACCGUCGAGUAUGACGCGCCAGACGUCAUGGCGGCCAACCUCGGUCUGACCUACAUGAUCAACUCGGUUCCAACCCUUCUGAGCUUUGAUGCCGGCGAGGCACAGGUACAGACCAAGGUGACCGAUGCGAGGAGGUUGUCGGACCGAAAAUUUCUUGAGGAAUGGAUCAGGCACGAGGCGAGGCGACGCGGCAAUCGCGGCGCCGGAGGUCCGGGCAGCGGGGGGAACCUGCUGAGAAGCUUGUUUGGCAAGUCGUGAUGCAUGACCGUUUCUCGCUAUGUGACGUAAGAGUAGCAGGUGAUGAGAUGAGUCCUCGCGGAUAUCUACAAGUAUCUCCAUGCAGGCCGUCGAGACAAGGCUGUACUCUGAAAGUCACUAUGACCCGAUGUCCUCUAUUUCUGGACUGCCUCUUUAAGUGAUCUUUCCGGGCCACUGCAGCAAUUUCUGUUGCUUCAUGUAUGCCAUGAGAGCUCUCCACCGGAAACCCCUCAGCCAACAGCGGGGAAUCAGCAGCAUUCUCCCACGGGUAUACCACGUUCUUCUACGUUUGAUCUACACCUCUGCAAUCUAAAUAUGAAAUAACCCCUUAUAUUUCCCC